AUGAAGAUAGAAAUAAGAUACACGAAUAAUAUUUUCUCCCUGGAAUCAAAAACUGAAACACCCAGAUCUCCUCCAAAUACUCCUGCUUUAAAUAAGGCAAUAAAUCAAACCAGCCUUCAUACAGAAUCAUAUACCAUGUAUAAUCCCAACCAAAUUAGUUCUUUUAUACCCACAACACCCAAUAACAGCACAGAAAUAGAAAUUGAUAAGCAGAAUAUACUAGCCACUGUUCUGAUACAACUUAACUCAACUUUAGCCACAGUUGCUAUCUCCUAA